UGCUGACAUCAGCACCUGUGAUUGGUCAGCCGGGCUUAACUCUGAAUGGCGGCAACGGGGACGAGGAUCGUCUUCCUGUUUAUGUGGCUGCGGUGAGUUUCACUAUGUCCCGUGACACGAAGGGUGAAUCCCAAAAUUCACAGCAAUCUCAAGGCACGUCUCAAGGCACAUCUCAAGGCACCACUCAAGGCACAUCUCAAGGCACAUCUAGUUCAUCGUCCAGUGCUCCUCAGUCAUACAGUCAGUCUUCCUCUUCUGGCUCUGGUACCCUGAGCUCUUUAGACACGGUUCCAGUACAGGAUUUGGCUUCUAUUCCAGAAGAUGUGGAAAUGGAUGAGCAGGCUCCACAGCCUUGGGGUCGUUUGUGGGCUUUAGGAAAAGGUUUCUUGAACCAUGAUUGUAUUAAUGAACAAUAUGAAUUUGGAAGGGACAAGCACUGUAAUUAUACUUUUGAUAAACCAAUAAUAAAUCAAACUGAGAGAUACAAAACUUACAGCAAAAAGCACUUUCGGAUUUUCAGGGAAGCUGUAUCAGGCUUGUCGGUUGUUGCCUACAUUGAAGAUUUAAGUGGCAAUGGAACUUUUCUUAACAAGCAGCUUAUUGGACGAGGGAAAACUAUGCCUUUAACAAAUAAUGCUGAAAUUGCACUUUCAUUACCAACCAACAGAGUUUUUGUGUUCUCUGACCUGUUGGUUGAUGAUCAAUCUGUUUAUCCUAAGGAAAUUAGAGACCGAUACAUCAUAUCAAAAACCAUAGGAAGCGGGGCUUGUGGUGAAGUCAAACUGGCCUUUGAAAAAUUAACAUGCAAGAAAGUGGCUGUGAAAAUGAUAAGUAAGCGCUCAUUUCGGAUGAGUUCUGCUUCUUUGAACCACACCAUUUCCGCAGGCACAGAAAUUGAAAUUCUAAAAAAAAUUAGUCAUCCUUGUAUCAUUAAGAUUGAAAACUUCUUUGACACAGAGGACUAUUUUUACAUCGUUUUGGAGUUGAUGGAAGGAGGAGAAUUAUUUGACAGGGUAUUGGCAACAUCCGGGCUUAAAGAAUCAACUGCAAAACUUUAUUUUUAUCAGAUGCUGCUAGCUGUUCAGUACCUUCAUGACAACGGAGUCAUACAUAGGGAUCUAAAGCUUGAAAAUGUGCUGCUAUCCUCCACAAAUGAAGAAUGCUGUAUAAAGAUCACAGACUUUGGCCAGUCCAAAAUUCUUGGCGAAACCUUAUUAAUGAAGACACUAUGUGGAACCCCUACCUAUUUAGCUCCUGAAGUGCUAAACACAGCUGGCACAGCUGGAUACAGUAGUGCAGUGGAUUUCUGGAGUUUAGGAGUCAUUCUUUUUGUAUGCCUUAGUGGAUACCCACCAUUUUCGGAGAACCAUAAUAAAAUGCCACUUAAAGAUCAGAUCACAGGAGGACAUUACACAUUUAUUUCUGGUGCUUGGCAGAAUGUAUCACAAACAGCUCUAGAUCUUGUGAAGAAACUGUUAGUUGUUGACCCAGAGAAGAGACUGACAACAAGGGAAGCCUUGGAACACCCUUGGCUACAGGAUGAUGACCUGAAAAGGACUGCUGAGAGGUUAAUGUAUGAUGAUGCUCACCCAAUGCCUCCUCCCUCACAGAGCCUUGUUAGUCGCAAACGUGUACAUGAAGCAGACUCGGAAGCCAGUACUUCAUCAUUUUCGGAGACAACAACCCAGCAUGAAAAGAGGACAAAAAAAUAAGACUUUUUUUGUUGUACACUGUGACCUUUUUGUUUUUUUAGGUUUUUGUAUAUACCACUGUCAAAUUCUGUUUUUUAUGCAUUACUUCUUGGCGCAGCUCUAUUUUUUCUAGCUGUUACUAUAACGACAUACAAUAUUUUCUGAUGAAAAGGAUUGUGUAUUUUUAGAACUGGGCAUGUGUAAUACCUGGGAUAUACUGUACAGUCUUGUAGAAUGGAAAACCCAAGUAUGGUUCUUAAGAAAUGCUGCUUAGAUGUUGUGAACAUUCAGGUUACUUAGUGGCACUUACUGUAGUUCACUGUCCAAGCCAGGAACAUCAACAUGUUUUUGUUGUAAAUACACUAUUCAGUCAACAUCCACCUCAAAAUCAUGUCACUCGAGCAAGAAUAAAAUUGUAAAUCAGGGCUUAGGAAAAAUAAACUUUGAAAAUAA